AUGGAUCAAGCGACAGGUAUUAGGAAGAGAAAGGCGGAAACACAAGAUAAUGAACGACUCUCCAAACGGAUGAGCUUGCUCAAUCUUGAGCGCAAUGGCCAGAAACUCUACGUUCCAGUUGAGCAACCCACCUUAAGCUUAGAUCUACCGACCACCAGCACGACAUUUACUACCAGCAAUCAUAAACCCAUAAAACCGAAAAGAAGACAACAGCAAGAUGCCGAUGAUGUAAUGCAAUUAGACGAUUCCAAACACAAAGUCUACAUCUACGAUCUCGACGACGAGCUAUCAGAUAGUGACGCCUCCGAUGAUGGACGGCUAAUAUUUCUCCCCGACAUAUCCAAACAUCUGCGAGAAACACGGAUACCACCCCACAUCCUCGCAAACAAAGAUGGACAGUUGGCCGGUAUGAAUAAUCAGCUCAUCUUAUACGAUACAGCUGUUCCGAGGAAUCAUAAUGUGCCCGAGGAACAAGAUUUGGUGCGAAAGGCAUUCCUAGAGGCGAGGGAGAAGGCUAGAGCUAAGUGGGAUGAGAAGGCAAGGCUGGAGGAGAGAGGGGCAGAGGGAACAUUGGGUGAAGUUAUACAACAAGAUCGUGCCUAUACAAAUAGUAUGAUUGGAGGGGAUACUGACGUAGAAGAUAUGAGUGUGGAAGCUAUAGAAGAUGAUCCUGAUGCUAUGGACCUUGGAUAG